AUGAAUCUACAAGUUGCCCCAGACCAGCCCAAUUCCAUAGACUCUUUCUCAGAUCUAGCUAACAAGUUCUCUGACUUCUUUGCCAGUAGUAAGCUCAUCAGAAAGACAAUAGCUUUCCUCAUGCAAUUUUCUCAAGGGCAAAAUGAAACCCUACAUGAUUUCAUGAAGAGGUUUAAUGAAGAAAGACUUCAGAUCCUCGAUCUCCAUAUCACAACAUCAGUUUCCACCCUCACAAAUGCUAAAAGAUGUGAGGCAUUCAAGAUGAGUUUGUCAAAAACUCCCACAAAGUCAGUGACCGAGCUUCUGACCCCAGGAGAAAAACACAUUAAUAAGGAAGAGAUAUUGAAUCAAAGGAGAGUUGGUCCGACUUAUGAUCGGGUCGAGCAUAAAAGGCAGCGUAAGCUGAAUCUACAACAAGACCUUGCCAGAGGAAAACAGAAGCAGGGCGCACCACCGACAUUUACACAUUUGAACACCUCUAGGUCAAACGUACUAAUGGAACUCAAAGAUACGAAGGAGUUCAAGUGGCCACCGAGGUUGCGGUCUCCCCCUGAGGCCAGAGACAAUAACAAGUACUAUGACUACCAUCGUGACCAUGGGCAUACAACAGAGGAUUGCGUAACAUUGCAGUGUGAGAUUGAGGCUUUGAUAAAAAGAGGAUUCCUAAAGGAGUAUAUCAGGCAUGACAAGCGUCUCGGGAAUGACCGCAACAAUUGA